AUGGCUUUGAGGAGCAACAAAGCAGACGGAUCCGCGUUCCGCUCAACCUACCUCCAAAGCACCAAAACCAUGACAGCUACCCCCUUAGUCACUGGCCACAUGACCAAAAUGGUAACCAAGACGGCGAUACUACUUAAGAUGCAGAAAGUUCGCAUUAAUGUGUAUCACAUAGUUCGAACAAAAGUGAUGAAAACAAUUUCGACGGUGAUCACGGAGACCAAGACGGCUCUUGUUACCGACUUUGCGACCAAGACAAUCACAGACACCAUGACGGAAGUUUCGACUGAUACAGAUACCACUCAAGUGACGAGGACUAGUACAGAGAAAUUGACGGAUGUAGUGACUGAGCAAGUCACCAAGACUAUCACGACGACAAUCGACUUGACCUCUACUAUGGAUGUUACAGACGUUGACACACCAGCCACAGGCGCAGCUCCCACAACUCCAGCUGGGACAGAAUACCACUGCGCUAUCCCUGGUUACGGCCAGGGUUCUUAUAUGGUUGCCUCGGGUGGCGCAGGCCCUUCCAGCAGUUGGGACUCGUGCAAGUCGUUUUGCUCAGUUCAGCAGAACGCUCCCGUCAAGCGAGCUGAGCCCGUCAAACAAGUGCCUUCUUACCUGCCGCUCAAGGAUCCUCGAGUCGUUAGCAGUGCCUGUUCGUGCCACAUCACCAACAAACCGGCUGCUGCAACAACCCAGACUGUUAGUGCCAAGGAACCCAAAACUGUCCUACAUAUGGUGACCAAGUACACAACAAGCUAUAUUACAAAGAGGAAAGUUACUACUGUCGCCAGUCAAGUAACUAGAACGGCAACAGACUUCAGGACUGUGGCAAAAACAGACCGCAGAACCAAAGCGGUAACACAGCGUAAGAGUGCCACGGUGACUAAACCACUUAAAGUCACGGUGACAAACUACAAAACCGUGGUUGUCACCAACUUCAACACUGUCGGCGUUACUAAUCGCAACACUAUUCGCACAACUGAUUACGAUACUGCCUCUGAGACUGCUUAUAACAGUGUCGUUGUUACCAACGUUGGUUAUGUUACCGUCACCGAAUAUGAUACAGUUGUGGCGACUGAUGUCGCUACAAAUACUGUAAUACCGGAUGCGGUAACUGUAACAGGUGGAGAUUCAUAUGUUUGGGGGUCCUAG